GAGCGCUACACAGGAACAGAGCAUAGAACAGAGAUGCUGAUCCUAACAUCUGUGGACUGGAGCAGACUCCAGAAACGUACACAUCAUUGAACAGCUGGAGACAGAGGAUGCUCCACAAGUACAACAGAUAAAGUUCAGAUGUGGUUGAAUCACAGAUGAUAAGCAGCAGUGCUCCGAAUCUUCCUGAUCAAGUCGUCAACUCAGUAGAAGACACUUUGAAGGCACUUAAUGCCCUAACAACAGAUGAUUUACAAUCCAUUACAGAGGGAGACUUGCUGCCAGUAUUACAGCCCAUACAAGCCGAAAAGACUGGUUGCUGCCUGGGCCCAAAACAGUGAGUGUAAAACAUUACCACCACAACACAGCACACUUCUCUUAUAGGGCUGCACAAGUAAUGUAAUUUUUUAUUAAUCUUUUCAAAAUCAUAUCUAAAUGCAAUCAGUCAAAAUAAAUGCAAUAGUUUUUGAUAAUAUCUUGCAGCCCUACUAUCUAGAAAUGUAUCAGUAUGCUACAUUCUGUUACAGAGUACAAAAACGUUAAAGGUUUAAUUAGGGGUGCACGAUAAGUAUCGGGUCGACAAUUAUCUGGCAGAUAACAGGAAAUCAUCUAACAUAUACACAUUUUUGUCAGCACGGCAGUGCCUCGCUCCCACUAUGAGACCCGAAUGGCCUGCAGUGAAUGCUGCGUUCUUAUUGUUGGUGAUUUGAAUAUCCAUGUGUGUUGUGAAGGCAGCCCUCUGGUCAAAGAUUUCUUAUCUCUGCUUGACUUUUUUAACCUCACUCAGUGUGUGUCUGGCUCCACAAAAAGGGACAUACACUAGACUUAGUGAUGUCUCAUGGGUUGACGGCCUGUGUCAGUGAAAUCUGUGAUAGUGCCUGUAUUUCUGAUCACCUGCCUGUUUUAUUGUCUGCCACCAUCCCGUGCACUGUUGUUGCUGCUUGUCCACCUUCUUGUCAUCGACGUGUUAUCAGCACCAGCACUCACGCCCAGUUCUCUGCACUAUUUAAAGACUCUGUGCUUUCCAGUGCGGAUGGGUCCAGGUCCGUCUGUGCUGAAGAGCUAACUACUCUUUUUAACUCUACCUGCAGCAAUAUCCUGAACUCCAUUGCUCCUUUAAGAAUUAGUCGUCCUAAAGCACAUCAUGAACCAUGGAUAACUGACUCUGUCCGUGCUCUCAGACGCUCAUGUAGAUGUGCAGAGAGAAGGUGGAAGAAGGAUAGGCUGCAGGUCUCCUUUGAAAUUUUAUGGGACUGUCUUCUGGAGUACCAGAGAGCUGCUAAUGUAGCAAAAUCCAGUUACAUUUCAAACCCAGUUUCUACUAACAUUAGAAAACCCAACGUUCUUUUUAGUGUUUUAAAUUCAAUCGUGACCCCUCAAGAUGCUGCCUGCGUUGUUCCUACUUCCACCCUCUGUAAUGAUUUUCUCAGCUUCUUCACUGAUAAAAUCACUGCUCUUCGGUCUGUCCCUGUCUCUACUGACCCUGACCCCUGUGUCCCUCCACUGUGCCAAGCUGCUUUUAACCAGUUUGAGCCAGUGUCUUUGUCUGAGUUGUCUGAGGUUGUUCAUGAUUUGAAGCCUACUAGCUGCUCUUUAGACAGCAUUCCCUCCAAGUUUUUAAAGGGGCUGUUUGACUCGGUAGAGUCAGUGCUUCUGGUGUUGGUAAAUGCCUGUCUCAGUUCAGGUAGUUUCCCAUCAGCUUUUAAACAUGCUGUUGUGCAGCCCCUUUUAAAAAAACCUAAUCUUGACCCCUCUUUGCUCUCCAACUUCAGGCCUAUCUCCAAACUGCCCUUCCUGUCCAAAGUGUUGGAGAAAGUAGUUUUUAAACAACUUCAAUCCUUUUUAAUUGAAAACAGCGUCUAUGAGAAGUUUCAGUCUGGGUUCAGAGCUCGUCAUAGCAUAGCUCAACAUAGCUUUAACUGUUGACUCCGGGUGUGCUGCUAUUCUGGUGACCUUAGAUCUGACAGCAGCCUUUGACACAGUGGAUCAUGAGACCCUUUUACUGCGCUUAGAGUAUUG